AUGGAGAAUACGAGUCAGCCACUGAUACUUCACCAUCUUGUGAAGAUGGAGUUGGAGGACUGCAGCUGUUGUAAACAAGUUCCGCCACUGGGUCACCUUCCCUGUCUCAAAAUUGUAAAGAUGCAAGGGAUGGUCAAUGUUGAAAGUAUUGAGGCAGACUUCUAUGAUUUUACAAAUGUUCAUGAUCAAUGCAGCACCAAUAGCAGUGCAAGUCAAGUUUUUCCGCAAUUAAGAGAACUCACACUAAGGGAAAUGACAAGUCUAGAGAAGUGGUCCAAACCUGCGAAUCUGUCGAAUCAUUCUUCAAGUGUCUGUCCUCUUCUGCAGAAAUUUCAAGUUGACCAAUGCCCCAAACUGAAAUGUCUCCCAAAUGUAAUGACUACCAGUCAUAGGCUGAGAAGGCUAGAGGUUGCCAUGUGUGACAGUUUGGAUUCCCUACUAGAAGGAGUUGGAGGACUUGCGUCACUCGAGGAUUUGGAUAUACGUCGCCUGCCAUCUCUGUCUCAGCUGUCUAUUGGAUGUUUUGACAGCCUCGAGACUUUGACAAUAGGUGACUUAUCUGGUGCUCCAGAGUUUGACUGCAACGGCCAACCCGCUAUUGGCUUUCGAACCUCUUGA